AUGUCGUUCCGGUCGCUGCUCGAAGCGGCAAUGGGCGACGCGCAAGCGGUCUCGCAGGUCGAAGCUGGACAAGUCGAUGCGCAGCUGAAUCUACUGGACGACGACAUGCCGCAUCCUGACGCUCUGGCAGAAGAGAACGACGACGUAUACGUACCGCAGUCCAGCGGAGACGACGAGGAAGGAGUGGAAGAAGGUGAAGAGGAGGAGGAUUCGGAUAUCGAACGGCAGCUGUGGGGGAAGUCCCGCAGGCGCAGGAGACGCGGGAGCAGUGGGCCAGGCAGACGGCGACGAAGAGGUGGUCCAACCGGCAAACGCAGCGUCACAGCCACCAAAGUGCCGCCAGAGCUGGCCAACGUACUGGGCGAAGCCAAUAUGCUCUAUGCGUCGCAUCAGUAUGACGAGGCCAUUGCGCUGCUCAAGGACUUUAUCAAGAAAGCGCCAACGAUCCCGGACCCGUACCAUACGCUGGGAAUGAUCUAUGAAGACCGCCAGGACCGUAUCAAAGCGCUGCAGUUCUUUUUGAUUGCGUGCACGCUGACACCGCAAGACGCCGAGCUUUGGAAGCGUGUGGGUCGCAUCGCAAAGGACGAAAAGAAUUUUGAUCAGGCGCUGUUUUGCUUCAAAAAGGCGAGCACGGCGGACCCAAAAGACAAAGAAGCACUGUUUAGUUAUGCGGAAUUGUGCCGCGAACAAGGCGAUAAUCGACGAGCAGCUGAAGUUUUCAAGAAACUGACUGUGCUGAUACCAAAGGAUCUGUCGCUGUGGAUUCAAAUCGCAGAGGCGUAUCAUUGCAAUGGGCAAGAAGACGAGGCCGUUGAUGCGCUCAAAAUGUGUAUCGAAAAAGCUGCGACGCUGGACCAAACGCAGGGUUUGCAUUCUUCAAAGUACGAGCUCAAUGCUGUGAAUAUGCUAGCAGACUUGUAUAUCACACUGAAGAAAUAUCGUGAAGCCAUUAACGUGAUUCACCACCUUCAUGCGCGGUAUUCAUCAGCUCAGGACCCUGACCAAGUCGAGGGCGACCCGGGAGGCUUGCCACUAGAUAUCGCCGUGAAGUAUGGAAUCUGCCACCUAUUUGAGAGGGAUUUCGUCACGGCUGAGUUCAUGUUUACGCAUUUGUUUGCCCAAGAUGUAGUGGUAUUUGGCGAUCUGUAUCUCGAUGUGGCGGAUGCGUACAUCGCGCUUGGAGAUCAGGAUCGAGAAGCUGCAUCCAUCCUUCAGCAGCUUCUAGGCCGAGAAGAGUUUUUGAUCGAGCAGAUCUGGAUCAAAUUUGCUGCAUGCCAUGAUCGUCUGGGUAUCUAUGACGUUGCUGUGGAGUAUUACGAGAAGGCAUUGGCUUACCAACGGCAAUCACCAGACUUGACAGUAAGUCCGGAAUUGAUGUUACAGGCAAUGCAAGCUACGCGGAAGAAAAGUUGCCCGCACGAGGGCAUCGCGUUACUUGAGAAAUAUUUGCCAGAGACAAUGCGUCCUCCGAUCCGGCCUUAUUGGAUCAAUACUUCACGAAAAGAAAAGGGUCAAGGCGCAGUAGUAGCAAAUGGAGAAACUGAAAAGUAUACAAAGGAGGAUGAAGACCUUGACGCCGAUGAACUCGAAGAAGAUGCAGAAGACGAAGACGAAGAAGACGAUGCUGAUGACCAAACGCGAAUGGAAAUGGCUCAUGAUCCAUCGUUGUCUGUCGAUGCUAUGGAAAACGGUAUUCGUCUGAAACUCCUGAUUGAGUUUGGUCACCUGAAAAAGCUAUCAGGCGAGGCUGAAGUGCUGUGCCGAGUCGGCAUCCCCAUCAUACUCACAUCUCUUAAUCAGACAUCAUUCCGCUUAUCUGGCCGCGUAAGAAAUCCACUAGUAGAAGCGCGUGAAGUGGUUCCCGAGAGCGAUGCUCAGUCCGUCGGCUUCCAGGUGCUCAAAUCUGAGUACCUGGUGGACAUUACGGACCCGCGGCAACGCGAAUCGUUCAUGGGAAUCGUCAUGCGCGUGGCUCAGCAAAUUGUGAUUUCCCGUGCUCUUGGCGAGCAGCAAUACUACAACUUGGUAAUUGAUGUUGCACAAACCCUCACCGAGCUUGGCAAGUAUGUGGCAGCGAUCGAGCUUUUGACGGACGUGAAUACAUCGGACAAAAUUUCCAAGCCCGUUCUGCGCUUCGAGCUACGCUUUUUAGCGCUUGUGGUCGCUCUGGAAUUCAGGGAAAACCGAAUGGCGUACGAGUGCGCACGGUUGAACAUCAUGGAGGAUCCACAAAAUCUGGGCUACUGGAACUUAUUCUCGCGCGUAAUCGCUAUCACUGGUGUGUUUUCUUGGCACCAGAAAUUCCUAGCAAAGUUAUUGCGUGAGCAUCCCGAAAGCUACCCGGCUAUUUUGCUUGCCGGUCACCAGUCGUCAGCGUGGGAUAUCGCAUCGCUGACGGUUGGAGAACUGACCCUUGCUCACCAGAAGCACCCGAACGACCCCCUCACUCUUUUCUGCAUCGGCUUGGCCUUCCUAUCUGCGUCAAUGCAACGAACUAUCAACGACCGGCAGCACACUGUGGUAAAGGCUUUUGCGUUUUUGCAACAGUACGAGCAUGUUCGUGUCGCCGCUCCGAGUGACAUCACGUCAGAGAUUCGCCAGGUCGAAGCUUGGUACAAUAUCGGCCGCGCUCACCAGCAGUUGGGUUUGUAUCACUUGGCCAUACCAAUGUACGAGCGAGUGCUGCGAUUUUUCGCGGCGAAAGAGGAGCAAAAUUGUGAGGUACCUCCAGAAUACAUGAUCUGCAAGGAGACGGCUUACAACCUUUCGCUCAUUUACAAGCAGAGCGGGGCCAACGAUUUGGCCAGGUAUCUCAUUGCAAAAUAUUUAACGAUCGGUUGA